GACGACCUUCAGGAAACCGGUCUGUCUAACCCACAUUUUUCAUGGGUAAGAUUACGAAGUUGGUUGUUUGUGGACCGACUGGUUCUGGGAAAACUUCUCUGAUUGAACACUGCAUAUAUGGGAACUAUUUUGAAAGGCAACCGGAAGACUUUGAUUUUAACCUUGGUUCUAUUUUCUAAUGCAACAGAGUUCAUUAUCGACAAUCAAUCUCAAGACAAGUGUGCAGUGACUAUUAAGAGCUCCAACUGCCUUUUUUAUUUAAAUAAUCUGGAAAUAAAGUGCUUUGCACCUUAAUCCUCAAAAUUUUAAACAGCGGCUCCCCCAAAAUGGAUCAAAUUUUCCCCAAAAUUGGGAGGUUGGGCAAGCUUGUCUUGUCUUGUCUUCAGUAAUAAGGAUAGUAGGUUGGUGAACCUGUAUUAAUCGUGACACACUGCUUUCCAGUGAAGGUCCAGCUUCUCUUUGAAAGUAUUCACUGAUGGGGCUGAUAGCACUUGUUCGGGUAAGGCGUUCCAAUCAUUGACUACUCGAUGAGAAAAACGGGAUCCUACUUUGAGUUUACUAGAUGGCGGUUUGUGAAAUUUCUUGCUAUGACCUCGGAGAUUAUUAGUUCUGGAGGGAGCACAAAGAUAAGACAUAUUAACACCCAAAUCAUAAUUAAAGAUACGAAAUGCUAGCGUAAGGUCACCUCGCGUCCUACGAUACGACAAAGGGGAAAAGUUUAGGCGUUUUAAACACUCAUCGUAAGGGAGUUUAUAAAGACCCUUCAUUAGUCUUGUUCCCACACGCUGGACACGCUUUAGUGAGUUAGUAUCCUUUACAAGACAUGGGCUAGCUGCUUGGAUACAGUACUCUAAAUGUGGUAUUAUGUAGGUGGGAUAUAAAAUUCGGAACGUUUCCUCGUCAAAAGGUUUGGACGCUCAGUGAAGUGACCAUAACGCACGAAAACCUUUGACAGCAGCUGCUUUGCAAUGCGUAGUUGUUUUUAAAUCAUGACAAUACUACUCCUAAAUCUUUAUGCUCUUGAACUCAUGGAAGAGGUUUACCCUCAAUAGUGUAACGGUAACUAUUACCGUGACCGGUGUGCAUUAGAACACUCUUCCUAGCAUUGAUUUCUAAGCCCUACUCUCGAGCCCAUCUAACUAAAUCGUCUAAGUCAGCUUGAAGAUCUAGAUGAUCAGCCUCACUUUUUAUUCUCCAGAUUUUUACAUCAUCCGCAAACAAUAAUGUCGACGACCUAAGCAACAGCGGUAACUCAUUAACGUAGAGAAGGAAGAGCAGAGGGCCUAAGAUGGUGCCUUGGGGUACACCACUUUUGACCGGCUUCCAAUCGGAUAGCGUUCCGUUGACCCUCACUCUCUGUCUGCGGUCACGUAAGAAAUUUCCUAUCCACUCAUGUACAGUACCUAUUAUUCCGAAGCUCGUGAGCUUCUGCAUAAGACCUACGUGUGAAACCUUGUCAAAUGCUUUGCUAAAAUCUAUGAAUAUCACAUCGACAGACAGACCGUUAUCUAGGGCUGCUGUCCAAUCCUCCCUCGCAAUAAGCAAGUUAAUCAAGCAUGAACGCUUGUUACGAAAUCUGUGCUGCUUAGGAGCUAACAGAUUGUGUAAAUCUAUGUGGCUUAGCAACCUAACCCGAAUUAUCUUUUAAAGUAACUUAACGACUAUACUAGUUAGACUGACAGGCCGGUAGUUAGAUACUAUCUGUCUGACCGUCCUUAAAUAUAGGACCGACUAUAGCGUACUUCCAAUCUCUAGGGAGUUGAGCGAGUGAGAGGGACAUGUUGAAGAGUGUCGCGAGCGGUUUUGAAAUAAUGUCUGCAAGAGAUGACAACAACCGUGGAUGUAACCCGUCAGGGCCCGGUAUCUUACUAGGUUUGAGGUUAGUUAUCAACGGUAGGACAGUUUCCUCAGUCACCUGUACAGAUUCAAUGGUUAGUAUCUCGGUGUGAGUAGGACAAGUAUUUGCUACAAUAAACGUAGAGUAGACUUCGCUAAAAUAGUUUGAAAUAGUCUCAGCUUUUGCUCUAUCUGAUUCAGCCAGUAAAUCUGAAUUUUCGUGUAACAGUAACGGGGAAAUACCAUCACUACGUCGUUCGUACGUGGUACGGGAUUUGGCUACGGUUUUCUUACAGAUAUUACGGACUUUUUGGUGCUCACGCUUAAAUGGUGCAUGACCUGUCAACAAAAAUAAGUCCCAGAAAUGUUUCCUACGCUUUAACAGCUUCCGGGUUUCCUUAUUAAUCCAUGGAGGGCAAUGUGAUAGCUUACGUGCUGACCAUGGGAUAAACGGCGACGUUACGGACUCGAAUGUAGCCUUAAACUUAUUCCAUUCAUCUUCGAUCAAUCCAUCCGCGUCGACCGACCAAUCAGUCGAGAUAGCACAGUUUCUGAUUUCCGGAAUAUUGGCUCGCCAGAUAUUGGGACGGGGUGGAGCAGAUACGAAUUGUAAGCUCUAUCCGGUUAAUAUGCGGUGCGUUGAAGUCCCUAAUGAUCGGACAACAUUCUGCCAUACUCCAAGAAUAUAUGUGUCUUAGGAUAAAGUCGUCAGCAAGAGAAAACGGACUACGGUAUAUUCCCCCUAUAGUCACUAACCCAUUUCUAGAUUUAAUCUUUCAACAUGCAACCUCACAUUUGCCACUAAUAUGAGCCUCCGAUAUGGUUGAUUAUAUACGAAAGUGAUCCUUAACGUAUAAUAUUAUACCUCCCCCCUUGCGACUUGAAACUCUAUCACUUCUAAUACAGAUAUAGCCUGCAAUGAAAGGAGAACAGUCUAUAUCUACUGUGAACCAAGUUUCUGUAACAACGAUUAUAUCGGGACAUAAUUCUUCCACCAUCAGACUUAGCUCGGACGUUUUAUUUCUAAGACUACGAGCGUUCGUGUAGCGCACACUUAAGGUGUUUUGGCAAUCAAUCAUUCUACCCAUACAGGCCUCGGAAGCAUUGGCUUCCAAGACCUGACUACCCGAAAACCCUUAAUGGUAAGGUUAUUUUCGCCAUUUAAUUUGCGAGUCCUCAACUCCGUAAGAGCAUUCUUCCACUUGAUUCGAUCCUCAAGCGGCCAAUCUGGUCGAAUACGGAUAUUUGAGUCACGAGUUUUUGGUGCGUUUUUCAAUAAUAUGUCUCUUUCUUCGAAACUCCCGAGAACCAGCUUCAGGAUUUUUCUUGGUUGGGUCUCGCCUCCAACCCAUUUACCAAGUCGUAUUACCUUUGUAAUAUGUACCCCUGAAACCUCUUCAGGUAGUACAUUUCUUACCACAGACUCCAUUAACCGCAGGUCAUGCGUAUGUCUUCUAGCAGGGUCGUUAUCUUUCGACUCCUCUAGAUUCCAAAUAAUUAAACUAAGAAGGGGUUUAGCUUCCUUUGAAAUUGUGUUAACAGCUUUCGACCGUGACGAUAGAUCCUGCAUAUUAACUACUGGUAUCUUAUGAUUAGGUUUUAUUGUAACCGAGUCCUGUGAGUGACUCACAACAGUGUUAGACGAAGCUUUACUUUGGAGCUUUGGUGGAUUGAUCUGAGAGUCCACCAAGUACUUAUCAGGUAAACAGUCAUUAGUUUUAGCUGUCUUUCCUACUCUUCUGCGUUUUCGCGUAAUCCAUUUUCCAUCAGCCGAAACAUCUACAUUAGAACAACUCGGGACAGUAAUUGUUUUAUCUGGGUCACCGGUUGCUGCUGUAGCAAUAUGGCCACCAACGUUUAAUGAGGUGUCACUCACUGAUCGUUUCGGGGGAGAACGUUUAACUGCGGGUUGCACAGGUAGAUGUCUGGCUUGCGCCGUGACAGCACUUACAACACUAACGCAAUCUUCGCCAUCAGUACCAAUGUUACCAGUACGGCCCUCAUCAACCUUCUUAUUAGCCAACAUCAGGAGGCUAACUGCUUCCUGGAUGAGUAGUGUUUUGCUCGAGCAACAAAAACUACAAAGCCAAUGAGAGUUGGACUUUGAGCACCUUUUAUAUGCAGUGAGGCUUAAUCGGGUGCACAUCUUAUGGAACCACUUAUUUCACUCAUCACAUUGCAUCCCUUCCUCCCCGGGAAAUAAGCAAUAUGGUUGUCCACAUUUAUGUGCAGAUCUAGCCAUCUUGAAAAACAACUAGAACGGUGACAAAAACAGGAUAUGUAAAAGGAUUCUCAAACCUCAACUAAAUAAAUCAAGUAAAAGUCGACCAAGUAUGCUUCGAUGCAAUAAAUACACAAAAGCAAAAUCAAAACACUCAAUACAAUAUCACUUUAACUGGAGUAGAUGCGAUUAAAGUGUAAACAGUAGUUUUGAUGCGUAAUUUACGAUCAAAACAGCUAAUUAACUCAACGAGAAACAAUACCAUUGUCCUUUUAAAUCGAGCGACUGUACUAUCUACUUAGACCUUCCUUAUCGAUAAGAGAACCAUAGGUGAGGUGUACAAGACUUUAAAACGAAGAAAAUGAGAUAUUGCUUGUGGAACUUUUGUCUGUAUGGCCUGUCGAAGGUGGCUAAGUGUACUUCUUAUGACAUUAGUUUUUUUCAUUUUAAAUUCGCUUAGGGUGACCAGAUUUUGUGUAAUAGCCCCAUACUGUGAACUUGUACGAUGAAUCCAUAUUAUCCUACUGACUAUACCAUCUUGUUUCCUACGAAUUGCGAAGAUCGUUGGUACAAACUGCGUAAGGUGUUCAAAGCUCAAAUGAAGCAGCUAACAAAUAUGUUUUGAGUUUUAGUCGUUUGGACUAGCAACAGCUUAUUUCAAAAUCACUACAUUUUUCGAAACAUUAAAUCAAUGUUUUAUGAGUCUUAUCUCUAAAUAUUGAAAAUUUCUUUAUAAUUUCCUUAUGUAUAAAUGAUAAUCAUUCAUUUAAGAAUAUAUUUUAAUUACCAGAUUUCGACUUAUGAAGACACUUAUAAUGCCGUUGUCGAGACAGAUCGUGGUUUUAAAGAAAAAGUUCGAAUUUACGAUCUUGGAGGGAUGACUAAAUUGGAAAAACAUUUUGUGAAUUGUGCUGAUGCAUUCAUUUUGGUAUAUGAUAUAAGCGAUUCCAAAUCUUUCAGCUCUGUUCAAAGUUUAAAACAAGACAUUGACAGAUAUCGCGAGAAACGUGAUUUAUGUAUUGUACUUAGCUGUCACAAAGUUGAUAAACCUAAAGAUGCAACUUUAGAUUCUACAGAAGUUUCUCGAUGGUCUCAAUCGGAGAAAGUGGCAAAUAUAUUUGAAACAACUGUGUAUGACCGCCAAUCACUCAUGAAUUUAUUCACAUGGACUGUUUCCCGUAUCACUCAGUCCCAAAGUAAAUCAGGAUUUUCAUUCGGUAAAAAGGAUGUUCGGUGAAAGAAGAACUCAUAAAGAAAUAAACGAAUUUGCAACCAUUGAACUUAUUAUCGUUAUUAUGUGAUGGAAAAUCUAAAGAUAUUCUCUUUUAUAUAUGCAAAUAGACAAAAAUUAAAUUGUAAAGAAGAUACAUUAUUCCCCAUACAUCUGUUUAUAACUAACCAUUUGAAUAUUAUUGUUACUAUUACUAUUGAAUAGCAUAAUUUAUUAUUAUUAUUAUUAUUACUAUUAUUAUUAUGAAUAUCUUAACUCAAGUAAAAUUUGCCAUUUUUUUAUUCCAUGUGUACUUUGGUGUUAUAAUAUUCAACUGAUCCAGUUAUAAUUUGGAGUAGUGACUCAAUGGUUAAGAGAUUCAUCUUGUCACGGAUUCGAACCUUGCUCAAAGUACUUCAUUUUGGUCAGCCUGGUAGUAAUAUCACUAAUCCUCAUACUUAGAGUGUAGUUGAUACUCAAGUAGAUAAAUCUACACGUGGUUGAUGAGUUCAUAAUAAUAAUAAUAAUACUAAUAGUAAUUCUGUGUUAUAUUCUUUGUUUUAUUUUUUUCUUUAUUCUCUUUGACCAAAUAAUUAGGAUAUUUUUUUAAACAUGUACUUUCUCUCACCUUGUUUUCUUAAUAAUCAUUUCAAAUAAAAAUAUCCAUUAUAUGUUGAAAUUAUAGUUUUCUUUUUUUAUUUUGUUGUAUUCCUGUAUUAUUACUGUUAUAUAAUUACCUUUGAUUAUUUUUUUAAUAUUUUACCUAAUAUUCAAGAGAGAUCGUUUAAUUUCACAAAAUUACGAGACUGGGCAAUACUUUGUUAGCCAAAUGAAUAACAUAUUGUGUAACUGAUUAUUCAGCCAGUCACUUGUAAAUGUAUCUUGUUAGAGGAAGGCAAAACAAACCGAUUAUGGAGUCGUUCGUAGGAAUCUAUAUUUCUUUUUUCAUUUACUUUUGUGAUAUGGUUUUAGAUAUGUGUAAAUAAUCAUUGUUUGUUCAUAAGCUUUCAUUUAAGCCAUUAACUGUUUCUAGAUAUUCUACCGUUCAUAAGUUGUCGUUAGCGAUUAGCGAAGCACCUAUCACCCAGCUUUUUUAUCGUAAGUGAUAUAGAUCUCCUAUUUAUGAUGCGUUGUGAUUUUAUAAUUGAUUUAGUUUUUCAUAAGAUUUUUUAAGUCGUAGUACAAGGAAAUAAAUGGGCUAGUUGCCUCCUUUCGUGUUCUGAUUAACUACUUGUGAUAGAAGGAGCUACAUGGACCAAUAAAUGUUAGGCUAUUCACUCAUAGGUAGUGGCCAUGUGUGUUAUUGUUUAAGUAUAUACCAUUUAUCUUAUUGAUCUAAAGUGAAUUGCUUAUCAGUGAACUCAGUAAUGUACUAAUCCUGUUGAAGGCUAUCAUACAUUUUUGUUUUCUUUAACGAUUCUGUUGAUAAUUUCACUUGUGUUUUUAGGUUAAAUAGUUUACUGUAAUAUCAAUCUCUUAUUUUGUUUAAACAAACUAUGUCAUAUUGAUGGUGAUAAUAUUACGUCCGUCAUAUAAUUAGGUUUUUCCAACCAUAAUGCCUUAGACAAUUCAUUCUUUGUCGAUCCUACAAGUUACCAUGACAGCUUAGUUGCUGCGUGUUUUAGGAAAGUGUUCUGGUUACCACAAUAAAAAAAUUAGCACUUAGCGGGCUGUGAAAUUGCAUGCUCCAAAUUUGUUUAUGCGGC